UACUUAUCUUAUAUAAGAAUUGUUACAUUACAUUACGUCAGAUUCUCCGGAACCGUGGUUCCACUGUCAACUUUUUCUACCAUCACAGAUAAUAUACGCUAAAGUGUGUUGUAAGCCCACAUGAGGAAGUUGUGGCAAACGUAAUUGCUUAUUUGAACGUUUUAUUUAUUGGAAAUUCAUGCAAAUACGUGAUGUGGUGUACGAAGAGAUGGUGCAUAAUUUAUUUAUACGAAAGUUACAUUUUUGUGUAAUGUCCGCAAUUAUUUGAUAAAUUUUGAGAAGUUUAGUGAAUGUUCAAACAGUGGAAGAAGACUUGUUACUUAAAUGAGUGUAAAAUUUUGAUGUAGAAGUUCAUAUGCUUCUGUAAAGAAUGUCGGAAAACUUUGGAAGUAAUCCGUUCUCAGCUCUCUUCCGGUCUGUGAAUGAGGCUGAAUCGUUCACUCAACAGCAACAUCAUUAUUUAUCUGGAGUUGAGAAUGCAGUUGAAAUUGUCAAUUCUGUUGAUGAUGUGGAAAAUUCCGCAAUCUCUGUAAAAGCUAAGGAAUGUUUGGAAGUGAAUCAACUGGUAGAAGACAUUUUUCACCUGACAUUGGAUAAUAGUUCAUGUACUAAUACAAGUGGUAAAAUAAAUGAGCUGGUUUUCCUCGAAGAACUUGCUUUGGCUGUAGCACCUCAGAAUUGGAUUGAUAUUGAAACUCUUGAGCAGGCACUUUUUGAGCGGUUGUUACUAGAAGAUCCAGAAAGCCAUGUUAUUGGCAGAAGUGUUAACAAAGAAUUGUCACAAACUAAUAUGCAUGCAACCCAGAAAGAAGUCAUUCUGUAUCUUUUUGAAUGCCAUAGAAGACUUCUCAGCAUGAAAGCAGGAGUUCAGAAUAACGGUUAUAGCAAGAUUAUAUCUCAGAUGUUGAGUUUGCUGGUGAGAAAUGCAGCCACGGCCCUAAAACAACCAGAAUUGUUUGAAUCACAACAGCUCAAUUCCCAGAUUCUGAAGCUAGUCAGUGACAACAGUAUUUCAGAGUCUGACCUGGAUGCAUUCUUUGAUGGUUUAGUUCAGCAGUUUGUGUUAGAUGAUGGUGAAAACAGUGCUGUGGACACACUUCUUGUUGCAUUUUCCUCAACAUUGGAUACUGUUCAUAGGGAUGUAGCCCAAAGCAACCUUUUUACAUUUAACCACUCAUACUUCAGGUUGUUGCAUAUAUUUUCUAGCAAAAGUCAUUUAGGUUCAGUCCUUAUAGUCCACAGUUCACCACGGGAUUCCCAUAUAGGCUUGACAUAUGCAAACACCCUUUUAGGUACAAUUUUAUCUUUGUCUUGCCUGCCUAAAACACAUGAUGGACCUUAUGAAUUUUUUGAGAAGUCAUCUUUGCAAGCAAUUGGUGUUAAAGAAGGAAACAUAUGGGCUGCUACUAAAAUAGUAUCAGAGAAUUUAUAUAAAAUAUUUUAUUCUUUGUUGAAGUGUUCAAAUGAAGUUCGACAUCAUACAUUGUCUUGGCUUGCUGAUUGUUUACAAGCAAAUGCAGAUCGAGGAAAGCUUUGGAAUGACCAUGAUUUAAACCUAGGAGCAUCACCAUGUGUUUCUGAUGGUUUUAUGCUAAAUCUUGGUGCUGUUCUUCUGCAGUUGUGCCAACCUUUUUGUUCUAACACUGCAGAUCCCAAGUUAUUGCGCAUUGAUCCCACAUAUUGUGCUGCCAAAGUUCUUGGUGAUACUGAGAUAUGUUUAAAGGGUGUUCAUAUGAAGAAGUUGGCUUUAGAGACAUGCCUCAUACCAGCUCAAGAGGAUACCUCUCGACCUUCAUCAGAAACUUAUGGCUUUGUAACUGAAUGCUUUUACUUGACUCACAAAGCAUUGGAUUUAGGAUUCAGGGUCACAUUUAAGCACUUGAUGAAAUUAAAUCAUGAAUUGGCUCGUAUGCAGCGUGCCUUCAUUGAUGUUCGGAAUCAAGCUGGGGCAAAUUCGGAAGUGGCACAAACCAUCAGUGAACAUAUGGAAGUGGACAUGAUAAGGUAUUUUUCACUUCGUGCAGCACUGCUGGAUCCUCAGUCUUUGAACCUGACUGCACAGCUUCUUGUUAGUACAGCAGUGUGGCUGGUGCAAGUUGCACUGGAUGUGGACUCUGAUCAUUCUCCAAGAAAAUCUUACGCUCCUACUCAGUUUAGGAAAGUUGAGUUUCCGUUGCCAGAAGAGGUACCAGCAACACUGAGUUGUGUGCCAGAGUUCCUAAUAGAGAAUUUAGCCAGUUUCCUGAGUUUUGUCCGGCGUUUUAGCCCAAGAACUUUUGAAGAACAAGGUUAUGCUCUUCUAAAUCCAGUGCUUACUCAGAUACUAGUGUUCAUGGGUUCUCCACAGAGGAUGCGAAAUCCACAUCUGCGGGCAAGCAUGGCUGAAUGCUUGGAAUCCCUCCUCCCAUUUCACAGUCAGGAACAGCCAGCAUUGAAUCCAAACCCUUUGGGCAAGUUUUGCAGAGAAAGUCUUUUCAAGGCACAUCCACAUAGGAAACAGAUUGUUAAGAGCCUCCUGGAUGUUUUUGUGGGGAUUGAAAUGACUGGACAGAGUGUAGCUUUUGCAGAGAAAUUUAAAUAUCGUCGGCCGAUGUAUAUUGCAAUGGACUAUUUAUGGCAGAUAGAAGAACAUAGAGAAUGUUUUCAAAACUUGGCAAGAGAAGCAGAGGCCAAUAUGGAAACAGUCACUCCGCCCCUGUUUCUACGGUUUGUCAACCUGCUGAUGAAUGAUGCUGUAUUUCUUCUGGAUGAAGCCCUUUCCAACAUGGCAGAAUUGCGGCAGUUGCAGACUGCAAGGGAGGCAGGGGAAUGGGAGCAACUUCCCAUUCAUGAGCGAGAAUAUAAUGAAAGAUACCUGGAACAUAUUGGCACAAAUGCUAGAUUCGACAACAUUUUAGGUCGUGAAACAAUCCACACUUUGGAGUUUUUAACAUCAAAAAUAACAUCAAUAUUCUCACAUCCAACCAUGGUGGAUCGUAUAGCCUCAAUGCUCAACUAUUUUCUCUUUCAUUUAGUGGGCCCAAAGAAAAAGAAUUUCAAGGUCAAGGAUCAGAAGGAAUAUGAGUUUAAUCCUGCAAACAUAGUAAUGGAUAUAUGCAAGAUCUAUGUUCAUCUAUAUGAGAGUGAUUCAUUUAGCCAAGCAGUUUCUCAAGAUGGACGUUCAUACAGUCCUCACCUUUUUACAUUAGCAGAAGAUGUUCUUGCUCGUAUUGGUGGAGGAGCACUCAUUGCUGAUGUACAAGAUGUGGCACUGAAAGUAGCGCAGAUGGCAUUGCAGAAACAAACAGAGGAUGAAAUUCUGACAGAGGCACCCGAUGAAUUUCUUGACCCUAUUAUGUCAACAAUAAUGUCAGACCCUGUAAUUCUUCCUUCAUCACACACUACAGUUGACCGUUCUACAAUUGCCAGGCAUUUGCUUAGUGACCAAACAGACCCAUUUAAUCGCUCCCCACUCACAAUGGAUAUGGUGAAACCAAAUGAUGAACUUAGGCUGCAGAUUGAAGCAUGGAUCAAGGAAAGGAAGCAACAGCACCAGUAGCAAUGUCUUAUCAUCUUAUGUACAAUAUGUAGUGAAGUUCCCACCAGUUAUUUGUUGGUGGUAUUCAUUUUCUUGUGGUUUCUUGUCCUUGGUGUCUUAAUUUGUAAGAUUGUUAUUUUAUAGCACUUUUUCCAUCUACACAACAAACUUUAAUUAUAUACUAAUUAUGUGUUAAAUAGGGCCACUACAUGUUUUGGUCUCUUAUAUGACCAUUAUCAAGUGGCAUACAAUAUAUGAUAGAAUUUUAACUCUAUGACAGCGUUUUGAAUUUAAUAUUUAUUUAAAUGUUAAAAUGAAUUGAAUCCCAUCAUAAAUUCUAUGAGUAGUGCAACUAAGAGGACUGGGUUAAUUGUAGUUAUGUAAUUCUGUGUUAAUGACAAAAGGGACAAGUGGGUAAUAUAUUGAGUAAUAAUAAAUAGUGGUUUUUUGGGUUGAUAUCUUGAAUGUCCAAAAACACAGCCCAAAGGUGUAGAGUGUGUUAUCGGCUUGUCAGAAAUGGGUGUUAAUAGAUGGCUAGAGUGAUAGGUUACCCAUUUGUCUCUCGUGUAUGAUACUUGUAUAAAAUGGUGUGUUUGUGAAGGAAUUAUAAAGUGAUCGAGAUGUACAGCUACUGAAAUUGUGGCAGAGAUGUCAUUAAGUUAUGUAACUCUCCUUUGAUGUAUAGUUAAGUAGAAAAGGUACUGUGUUGAUGUAGCUGGGACGAGAGCCAGAGAGGAACUAUAGCAAGAUGCCUAGAUUGUUAUUGUAUUUAUAUUCUUGUUGAUGUUUGAGUUUAAACAAACUUCCAUUGAUAUACAUCAUGAGCUGACAGUGUUGUUAAAUAAAUCACAAACAAGUAAAUUGAAAUUGUCUUUAUUCAACAUUCUGCUUUCAAAUAAUUCCAUUUAAAUAACUCUUGAUAAAUAUCAGAGUAAAUAUAUGAUUAUAGUAUGUUUAGCAUAGUGUAUGUUAUGGUUAUUUCCUUUCUUAAAUGUAAUACACAAUUAAUACUGUAUUAAAAAGUUGUAGUAAAAUGAA